CUACAUGAUUCUACACUGUGUGAGCUGGCGAGUUUGCGGAGGGGUGAUUGUAAAGACAAAUGGAGACACUUGCCCUUUCUCCCCGCUAAUAUCUUUAAAAUCCUUUCCGGUAUUGUCUCGCCGGCACUGGUAUGAUAUUCCCAACAAUAACCUUCCCGUCGAACGUGCUGUGGUACCUCUGGUUCCGAUUCAAUCCGAAGAGAAAAUUGAAGUCCCGAUCAUGGAUAGGUCAACUACCGACAGGUAAUGCGAUUACGACUGCGAUAUAGGACAUUAGCGAGCUCACCCAAGCGACCGCAGCUACAGGGACAGGAAGCGCGCAGCGUGCUCCGGAUCUUCUUCGGUGGGGAGUUGCAGUUUUGCCUUUUCACCUUCCACGCUCAGAUCAGGACGGAUGCGCUGGCUCUUUCUUCCCCAUAUCGACUUGGCACUCAAUCCGUUCACUGCCCGAGUGAAUACACCUAAGACACCAGUACUGAUACAGCCACUAGUUUUGCUUUACAAACAUUCGACAAUCCUCUUCUCGGAAAAGCGCUCCUGAAUACUCGUAUCUUCCCUGUCAUCUGUCCCCUUUCGAAGCGGACAUGCUGGGGAGAUGGCGCUGCUUGCGCGAAAGGGCGCUACCAUCGACGCUGCUUGUCUCCCUAGCUGUUAUUUUCAUACUACCACCUGACUGGCAUGGCACUGCGGCACAGCAACUAACAACGCCUACACUAACCAACAGACAGCUGACACAGGGCUGCUGCUACAACAGCUCCGUGUGCACCACUCUGUUUGCCGCGCCUGCCUACUGCUGCUUUCGAGACGACAGGAAUCCGGUCGGCUCUGGCUUUAACAUUCUGCAGGCCGACAAUUUUGUUGGCGACAGUCUGGUGUUCUCACGCGUGUCUGGUACAACUGAGCAAGCAGUGUUCGUGGGCGGUGGAGACACAUUCUCUGUAGCAACAGACGUACGCACCAGUCGUAUUGAGCCCACCUUUCAGACCGGUCAGUUUAGCUUCUUCUUCAGAGUACAACUGACGAGGGAUUCACGUGGACAGAUCUUCAGCGAUCGUGUCCAGAAGCCCAGUCUGCCAUCGUUAGCUGUUUUCUUCAUUCCGUUCCCUGAGCUGGGCGUGGACUAUCCGCAUAUUCUCUUCAGAUUUGGCCGCGAUGGAAUCUCCAGCAGAGAAUUUGUAUUCAGGAUUCCUCUAGUGGUGGAUGACUCGUUUCAGACGUUUUGCUUGUCGUUUGACAUAUCGAAUACAACCAUUGUUAGCACCCCAACUGGCAAUAUAUCUGCAGCCUUUGCUAAUUUGAUUGUGAAUGGGCGCGAUGAGGAUGAUAUAGAGUUCUUUGACGGAGUACCAGAAUUGAAAUUGGACACUACUCGGUUCUUCGAGCUUGGCCGUACAAGCAGUGGUUCAGGCUUCCAAGGCUACAUCUCGCAUCUCAGUUUGUACAACACGACACUGAGCCCGUUUGAAUGCAAGCGCUUGACGAACGAUGCCCAGAACGAAGUGCCAGUCGGACGCUGCUUUGCUGUUGGUCAGCCGAACGACACAUGCGGCUCAUCUGUUUGUUCUGUGUGCACGGAUGGCUACUCAUGUAUGGAUGGUCGCUGUCAAGACAUUAAUGAAUGCUCCGAUGGCUCUCUGCAUAACUGCCAUGCUCAAGCCGACUGUAUCAAUACUGCCGGAUCAUUCUCAUGCAGAUGUAUGGCUGGUUAUACAGGUGAUGGCACUGAUUGUCAGGACAUAAAUGAAUGUACGACUGGUCAGCGAGUAUGCACUGCCCGCCAUGUAUGCAUCAACACUAUUGGCUCAAGUAUUUGUCAGUGCAUUACUGGGUAUACUGGCAACCAGGUUGUAUGCAUAGAUAUCAAUGAAUGUGAUCUGGGUAGAGAUAACUGUGCUGCCAGCAGUGUUGCAACGUGUAUCAACAUCGCCGGCUCAUUCACGUGUCAGUGUAACAAUGGCUAUGAAGGCAACGGUAGGGUUUGUACGAAUAUCGAUGAAUGCCAGCGAGAUGUGGACAACUGCUCUCCAUUUGCAACUUGCACGGAUACGGUUGGGAGUUUCACUUGUCAAUGCCGUGCAGGCUAUACUGGUAGUGGUGUGGAUUGUGAAAAUAUCAACGAAUGUACAACAGGCACUCAUAACUGUGAUGGUAACGCCAUGUGCAUCGAUAGUCCUGGUUCAUUCUCCUGUCAAUGUAAUACUGGCUAUGUUGUAUCCACAGGAGGUCUGUGUGUGGAUCGAGAUGAAUGCACACUAGGUAUACAUCAGUGCCAUUCCAACGCUACAUGUUUGAACAACCAGGGAUCGUACAUGUGUAUGUGCAACACUGGCUUCUCGGGGAAUGGACGUCAGUGCUCAGACAUCGAUGAAUGUGGAACUACUUCCCAUGGUUGCCAUGACAAUGCUGACUGUACCAACACUGUAGGCAGUUUUCUGUGUACAUGCCAGGAUGGUUACGGUGGCAAUGGAUUUGUCUGCGUCGAUGUUUUGGAGUGCAAUACUAUGCAACACAACUGUGAUAACCUGGCUAGUUGCAUAGAACUGCCUGGCUCAUUCGAUUGUCAGUGUUUUCCCGGCUAUACCGGUAGUGGCCGCUUUCUGGACUGCCAGGAUAUCAACGAAUGUCUAAGCAACAAUGGCGGCUGUCAUCUCUAUGCGACAUGUGAGAAUAACGUUGGUCAAGCGGUGAUUUGCUCUUGUGUUAAUGGCUUCCAAGGAAAUGGAACGUUCUGUGAAGAUAUUGAUGAAUGUUCCACCCUGGAUCCCAUGAGAAUGCACAAUUGCCACAGUCAGGCACAGUGCACGAACAACGUCGGCUCGUUUGCCUGUGCCUGUAACCGUGGUUACGUCGGCGACGGCAUAGACUGCCAGAAUGUGAAUGAAUGCACCGCGGGGACACAUGACUGUCAUGACCAGGCAUCCUGCAUGGAUACCAGUGGUUCAUUUCUAUGCCGGUGCAACACAGGUUACACAGGUAAUGGGACGUACUGUGUGAAUAUCAACGAAUGCGCAGCGCUACCGUGUCAUGUGCAAGCCACGUGUCAAGACAACGUUGGCUCGUUCACGUGCACAUGUAAUGCCGGCUGGUCCGGCAACGGAUUCGUGUGCCUGGAUGAGAAUGAGUGUGCUCUGAACACGCACAACUGUGCAAGUACCACCGCUCAGUGUAGUAACAGCCCAGGCUCAUUCCAGUGCCAGUGUGUAAUGGGAUACUCAGGAGACGGUGUCCUCUGUGCCGACAUCAAUGAGUGCGUGACAGACACGCACACCUGCGCGUCCCAGGCGCAGUGUACUAAUCUUGUUCCGCUGUUCGAGUGUACCUGUAACGAUGGUUACGCAGGUGAUGGUGUGACUUGCAUGGAUAUUGAUGAGUGUAUGACUAACCAGCACAACUGCGAUAGCAGCUCUGGUGUAUGUCGCAAUACCGACGGUUCAUUCACAUGUGGCUGUACAGUGGGUUUCCGUCUGCAAGCUCAGCAGCAGUGUGUGGACAUCGAUGAAUGUGCUGCAGGUGGUAGCAACAACUGCGAUGACAACGCGGCAUGCAGCAACACACUGGGAUCAUUCACAUGUAACUGUAAUAGCGGAUACCGUGGUGACGGUGUGAUGUGCCAGAAUGUCAAUGAGUGUACUACUGGCCAGCACAACUGUGAUACUGUAGCUACGUGUCAGGACACGGUGGGCAGCUUCACGUGUACUUGUGGUACAGGCUACACUGGACCAGGAGAGCAGUGUAUGAAUAUAGACGAAUGUGCCACUGGUACAGACAUGUGUGAUGCUAAUGCUCUGUGUACUGACACUGUGGGUAGCUUCACUUGUGCUUGUAAUACAGGAUACCAAGGAACUGGCCGUCAGUGUGAAGAUAUUGAUGAAUGUACCAUCAACACGGACAAUUGUGAUGCCAACGCACAGUGUACUAACACACAAGGUUCAUUUCAAUGUCAGUGUAACAACGGCUAUAGUGGAGAUGGGCUGACCUGCACAGAUAUUAAUGAAUGUACCGAUAACAGUCAUAACUGUGACACCAAUGCUCUGUGUAGCAAUCAGCCAGGAACAUUUGCCUGUAACUGUGCCCGGGGUUACCGAGGAAACGGUAUCGUAUGUCAAGAUAUUGUGGAAUGCAAUGACAAUCAGCUGCACAACUGCAGUCGUGACGCUAUGUGUACAAACACCCCCGGAGCGUUUCAAUGCCAAUGUGACCCUGGCUUUGAAGGAGAUGGAGUCUUGUGCACAGAUGUGAAUGAAUGCACCUUGGGAGUACAUAACUGUCACAUGUUGGCCAUGUGUGUGAAUACCAGAGGGUCAUUUCAAUGUCCAUGCAACACUGGUUACAUGGCCGUAGGGGCAGCAUGUGUAGAUAUCAAUGAAUGUACCAUAAUGCAGCCAUGUCACACCAUGGCAACGUGUACGAAUACGAUGGGCAGUUAUCAAUGUAGCUGCAACACUGGCUAUACUGGCUCAGGUGUAGUCUGUGCUGAUGUGGAUGAGUGUGCACUUGGUAUUGAUACUUGCCAUGACAAUGCACAGUGUACUAACACCAUGGGAUCAUUUCAAUGUCAAUGCUCACCUGGAUAUACUGGUGAUGGAAUGAGUUGCACGGACAUCAAUGAAUGCUCACUACCAGUGUCGCCAUGCCAGGGAGUCAGAAGCAUUUGCACUAAUACGGACGGUUCGUUCACGUGUCGGUGCUCCGAUGGGUACACGGGAGACGGUCUUCUAGUCUGCACGGAUAUUGACGAGUGUCAGUUAGCUGAUAGUACGUGUCAUGUCAAUGCUGUAUGUACCAACACGAUUGGGUCAUUCCAAUGUGCCUGCACUACUGGCUAUACGGGUGAUGGACAGACGUGCGUUGAUAUUGAUGAAUGUUCUCAACAGCCACCCGUAUGUCACGCCCAGGCGUCAUGUUCCAACACAGCCGGCUCGUUCAGUUGUAUGUGCAACGUGGGGUAUAGCGGAGAUGGUGUAUCUCAGUGUCAGGAUAUUAACGAAUGUACAGAGCGUACUCACGACUGUGUUGCCGAUGCCGUAUGUACAAACAGCAUUGGGUCGUUUACGUGUAUGUGUGAGGCUGGAUUGACCGGUGCUGGGCGUACACAGUGUUCUGAUGUUAAUGAGUGUGCUCAGAACACGCACAAUUGCAGCAAUGAUGCUACCUGUACUAACUUACCGCAGUCAUUUGCCUGUAGCUGUAACCGUGGUUACACUGGCACCGGUCAGCUCUGUGCCGAUAUUGAUGAAUGCGCCGUCGGCACGGACAAUUGCCAUGCCAACGCCGACUGUUUCAACUCCAUCGGGUCUUUCCGUUGUCAAUGUCGAAUCGGGUACUCUGGCACUGGUGUACAAUGUGCUGAUGUGAAUGAGUGUGAAUCAGGCACUGCCACGUGUGAUGCUCAAGCAGAAUGUGUCAACUCGGCGGGAUCAUUCAGCUGCACUUGCAACACUGGGUUCUGUGAUGCCGGCACUGGACGUGCUGGGCAGUGUUUCGAUAUUAACGAAUGCACACCGGGUGUGUCGACGACGUUCCCCGGCCCGCUGCCGGCCGAAUGCCAGCUGGCGCAUACCUGCCACGCCAGUGCUACAUGUAGCAACAAUGCUGGAAGCUUUGCCUGUCAGUGCAACACGGGAUAUCAAGGAUCAGGACAAGUGUGUGUUGAUAUUAACGAGUGCACUACAGGUGCAUCAGAUUGUCAUGCCAACGCAGGCUGUACAAACACCCAGGGUUCAUUUGUCUGUUCGUGUGACUCUGGUUUCACUGGAGAUGGCAGGAACUGCGCAGACAUCGAUGAAUGUGCUACUGGUGUACACAUGUGUGAUGUGAAUGCCAUGUGUGAUAACACUAUGGGAUCCUAUACAUGUCGCUGUAACUCUGGAUACAUGGGCGAUGGAAUAACAUGUACUGACUUUGCUGAAUGCACUGUCCUGCGACCAUGCAUACGCAACUCCAUGUGCAUCGAGCUGGUCGGCUCUUUCCGCUGUAUUUGUCUGCCCGGCUACGGUGGUUUCUUCUGCUCAGUUGCAUUGCUUGAUCUCUUUUCUAUUGUUCAUCUCUGA